AUGGGACAGGCAGCAACACAUAUGGCGUUGACCGAGCCUACGGAUCACCCCUCCUCUUUCAGUGAUCUUGUUGCACUGCUGCCGGAUGCCAUGCAUCGGGGCAUACACACGGAGAUGCGCGACAACCUGGAACUCUCAGACUACAUCCUCACGCGAGCGCGCGUGGACCUCCGCCGUCAUAUCAACACGCGUGCCCCCAUCUACAAGCUCCCACCUGAGAUGUUCAGCUACAUUUUCGAAUACGUGGUUCAACCGAAUGUUGACCGCACCGUGAAGAGCCACAAGCCGGCGACAGCACGCAUACCAGAGAUGCGUGCACUACUAACUCUCUCUCAAGUCUCGAGUCGGUGGCGCGCUAUCGCGCUGAACACGCAGUCUCUGUGGACACACAUCGACACUCGUAAUGAGGUGACGCUAGAGGCUUUCUUAGCCUGCUCUCAGCAGAAGCCACUACGACUCCAUAUGCCCACCAUGAUUUACGGAAGAACAGAUAUGCACCGUCUGUUGCGACAGCACGGCAAUCGUGUCCGACGACUCGACUUCGUCGAGACUCCCGCCGUUGGUGGGCGCCACCCGCCAAUCCAUCUCCUACGUCGGCUCGAAUGUCUAACAGUAAGCUCAGACUGCGACUGGCGGCCGAACGAGGACCAUGACGAGACCGGAUGGACCGGCGCGAUAUCCUACCUGAAGGCGCUCGCGCUCCAGCCGUACUGUUCUUGGAUGCCGGGCGACUUCUUUCCUCGCCUGACGCAUCUCCACCUCUCGCACUUCCACGAGCGCGUCCGGGGGCAGGAGGCGAUGGACUACCUGGCGAUCCUCCUCCGGCGCACCCCGGCCCUGCAGUUCUUGCAGCUGUCGGGCCUCGAGCUCGAGUCGUUCUUCACUUCGGUCUCUCCGCCUGUCCCCCUGCACUCGCUCCGCGCACUGAUGUGCCUCGAGAGCGAUAUGGCGGCCGCGUUGCGUUUCCUCGAGUCGCUUGACCUCCCAGAGCACGCGCUGGUACGUCUGGACGGUCUGAGUCGCUGGCAGUGGAAUCCGCCCGUGGCCUACUUCACUCGCCCUCUCCCUUCGCUCGGCCUCGUCGCGAGCUUCGAUCACCUGGAAGUGGUGGCAGACGAGACGGCCCUGCACGUAGUGGCCCAAGGGGAGCGAUCCGGAUUGUGGAUACGGGCGGACAGCUUUCACGAGACGCCAAACUCGCAAGACCACUGGACGGAGUGGGUGACCAGCAUGGGCGCCAUGCUGUCGCUCGCCUCCAUUAGGACGCUGCACAUCUGCGUGCUGGACCCUGACCUGCUCCCCGCGCUGCUGCCACUUUUGCCGAAUCUGGUCGAGUUGGCGGUGCGCAUCCACCCGCGGUUCAUGGGGUACGAUGAGGGCCCCUGCUGGUCUCUUCUCGACUGUCUGUACACGACCCUCACCCCAGGAGAGACCUCUUGUUGUCCGGCGCUACAGACCCUCGCAGUCGAGAUUUUGACAGAGGACCCAGACCAAUUUCGCCUUCCGGGUGCACCGGGGAGAUAUGACAACAUGCGUACCGUGCUGGAGAUGGUGGCGGCUCGUUCAAGCGUGGGCAAGCCUCUGCGCCGCCUCGCGAUGCAGCCGUACUGCGACUGUCCCGAGGGGCACGUCACGAUGAUAGAAACCUUCAGGACCGCCCUCGCGCCAUUCGAAGAAUACGUCGCCGUCGUUGAGGUGGUGGAGAGUGGGAAGUCGGUGCUGUGUCCACUCGAGAUGCGGGGCAUGUGGAACGUGAGUGGCGCGGAGGAGUAUUGGGACGUUGCGCCGGGGGAUCGGCCGGAGUACCGUCUUCCAUGGGAUGAGUAG